UUGGAGGAGUCUCAGACACAAUCAUCAUGAUGCUAGGAUCACUUCUCGGAACCUGGGCUUUCUCCCUUUCUCCUGCAAUGCUCUGGGCAACUUUGGUGUUCUUGGCAUCACCGUCUGGAUCCUCCUGGGCCAUGCCCUCUUCCACUGCCAAUCUUGAGAUUCCACAGUGUGAAGGACCCUUCAGCACUGGAGAGAGCAGCUGCCACAAAAAGGAUGACUUGACUGACUUAAGCGAAGAUGACUACGAAGUCAGGGGCUACACUUUCAGUGAGCCAUUCCAUCUGAUCGUGUCCUAUGACUGGCUGAUCCUCCAAAGUCCAUCCAGUCACCUGUUUGAAGGGGACCCGCUGAUUCUGCGCUGUCGAGCCUGGCAAGACUGGCCACUGACUCAGGUCACCUUCUACCGAGAUGGCUUAGCCCUGGGUCCCGCUGGGCCUAACAGGGACUUCUCCAUUGCUGCGGCGAAAGUGACAGACAGUGGGCGCUACCACUGCAGUGGCGUCUUCAGGAGCCCUGGUCCCGGAAGUCCAGAAACAGCAUCAGCUGUGGCUAUCACAGUCCAAGAACUAUUCCCAGCUCCAGCACUCCAAGCUACAUCUUCUGAGCCCAAAGAGGGAAGCCUGGUGACCCUGAGCUGUCAGACCAAGCUGCCCCGGCAGAAGUCAGCCACUCGCCUCCGCUUCUCCUUCUAUAAGGAUGGAAAGCGAGUGCGCAGCAGGAGUCGUUCCUCAGAAUUCCAGAUCCCCACAGCUGCAGAAGAGCACUCUGGAACCUACUGGUGUGAGGCGGUCACUGAGGACAACCAGGUUCGGAAACAGAGCCCUCAGCUGGAGAUCCAGGUGCAUGGUCCUUCCGGCUCUGCUGCAUCAAUGACCUUCAAUCCAUCUCCUCAGAAGUCAGCUGCUCCGGACACUCCGCCCACCGAGCCCCCUGUGCCUCCACCUCCGCCUCCGCUGUCAACCCCUUCUGCUGAGGAGCCAGGCUUCACUUCUCCUCUGAGGGCCCCGGACCCCCAUCUGUACCACCAGAUGAGCAUUCUUCUGAAACACAUGCAGGAUGUGAAAGCUCUCCUUGGUCACCUGCUCAUAGAACUGAGGGACCUGUCUGGCCGCCUGAAGCCUGAGCCCACACAGGCUCCUGCAGAAUAGAAGCCAAUGAUUUGCCCAUGAUAUUGCUCCACCAGCUUCAACAAAUGCAGCUCUGCCCUUGUUUCUCUUUCUGUCUUGCACAUAUGCAUAAGUAGUUGUACUAUGUUUUGAAAGAACAAUGGAGGAAGGUGAGUGUAAAUAAACAUAUGCCAACUGAUCCCUGGAGUUUGGUUCCACUGGUAUAUUCUCUGGUAAUAGGACAGCUUAAUUCUGCAUCUUUUUCUGGAUCAGGAGUUUUCUUCUGUUGCCUCCAUCAGAAUCUGGCAAUUUAAAAAGGAGCAAUGAAGUAGAUUUAAUUCAGGGGUCACAACUAAAGUUCAAUAUACUUCCAGGGCAUUUGGCAAUCAUUGGAGACAUUUUGGUUGUUACUCUUGCGGGUGGGGAUGUACGUGCUACUGGGUUCUACAAAGUGAAAGCAGGGGUGCUGCUGACAUCCCAUAAUGCACAAGACAGCCUCUCAACAAAAGAUUUCCUGUACCAAGAUAUCAUUAGUGCCUAGGUGGAGAAGCCCCCGCCUAACAAAAGCCAGGGUGGACUCUGGGGUAUACUUCUAUGCCAUCCAGUUAUGCUCCCCUUCAGUGUCUUAUAUGCUAGUGUUUCAUUGGUACUAUUGGUCUGGAUGUCCCAGUCUGUAUGCUUAAAUCCCAACCUGC